GGCCAGGCUGCGCCCAUUUUCCCGAGAAUCUACUUGACAUAAAAUUGGUUUCCAAGCAGUACUGUUACGUGGCAUUAUUCCACACAAGGAAGUGGUGGGACUCACUCUCUUCCUGAUCUGGUUUCCCGUUAACAGGGAGUUUUCUCUGUGCUCUUGAAGCAAAAGAGGGAAAAAUUAUUGACGGCUUUCACAUGACAGGGAAUCCAAACUCGGGUCAUGUUUCUGCGCAGUUGUGGUUUAACGAUGAAUGAGAUAUAUAUUAUAAACACAUAUUUCUCCAAUGAGGUUUCAAUUGUCUGCCAAAUGUUUUAACAUUUUUUUAAAAUCUUCUGAUUUGUAAAAAGCUCAGGGCCUGGCGGAGGGCCAAAUGAAAAAGGGUUCACUGAGCCCUGUGAACAAGAGGUGGGUCUUGUGAGCCAAUUGCAUCGUUCUCAAGGAAUGUUCACAGCAGCGAGACUUCACAUCAGCCUCCUUCCAGACAACCGUAGUUCCCCUUGAGCAAGUAGCUUUCGAUAGAGGACUUCUAGGCAGGGACUGAAGGGCUUCCUACACCAGCGAACAGUACCUACCAGCCUCUGCCUCCGUUCCCUCAGUGUAAUCCGAGUGCCAGGCUCGGAGUCUGUGUGGUAACGUUACCAAGGACAUCCUCACUGACUGAACCCAUUACUUCUACAAGAAUGGAAAGUGAUCUGGACACCAGAAUGACAUUCAGCGAAACACAGAGAAACAACAUUUUAGUUUCACAUAUAAACACACAAGAAACCGAAUCAGCCUACACUGAAGUUGUUAAGGAAGACUUCCAAGCUGCUCGGAGAAUUGAGAGAUUUUCUAUCCCACUGGGUGACUUAAAAAUGUUAUUUGAGAAGACGGGAACUCCAACGAAUAGCAUGAAGGAAUUGAGAGGUGGAAGUUCACCAUUUCCACCGUCAAAGCAACUGCCUGGAAUUCAUUCAAACUGCGCCGUUAGUGAGGACCUGGAGAAAACAAUGGAAGCAGGCAAGAGUAAGGCUGCUGCCACAUACGGGGAGCCCGGCCAGGACGAUAACCAGGAAUCCGUUUCGCUGAAGGAGAGAUUGGCGAUGUAUCAGGCCGCCGUGUCCAAGAAGGAGAGCAGCUGCUCUAUGGCCACUGAUCCUGAGGAGGAGGCGCGGGCAUUGCCCGGCGGUCUGGCGAGCGUGAAGAAACAAUUUGAAUCACAUGGGACGGUUUCCUCCCACCGCCACUACCAGCAGAGGUCCAUGCAGGAUGUUACAAGCACCAAUGAAAUUACCAUGACCCACAACAGCAGGAACAUGGAGCAGGGAGAUGGGACGCUGCAAGCUCAUGAACAACAUGUGUCGUAUCAAACGGAAAUGCUCAGUGUCGCCGAGCAGAAUAUUCAACAAUCGAGUGUUGUGGAAAGUUUUGAAAAUCACAUCACAGUGGAUGGAAUGAGCGAAGAGGAGAGACCAACAAUCUCCGCUCGAAUGUUGAAGCAACAGUUUGAGAAGUCUGCCCAGCCCACUCAGCUGGCAACAAAUACCAGCAAACAGAUCAAGGCAGAACAGAAGUUCCAAGGCAUGGAUUGGCAACAUGUUGCCAGCACCUCCAACGUUUCUGCGGCGGCGCUAGCGGCGGGCAAGGUGACUGAGGUGACGACGUUAAGAGAGAUAGACAGUGGCGGUGCCUCAGUCUCUGUCACACCCAGUAACCGCGGGAGCCUGGAAGAAUUGCCCCCUCCUCCACCAGACCUGCUCCAUACACCCCCUGAAGUAAGCCUGUCCCAGUCUCCUGACCCUUUCUCAAGAAAGCAAGUCAUUCCCAAGGACUUGUACACAAAGCAAAGAAACCUGUACGAACUGAAACGUUUGUACAAGCAUAUCAAUCCGGACAUGAGAAGGAACUUGGAAAAGGAAUUCAUUCAAGAGAUUAGUGCAAUUGUAACGGAUGAAACGAGAGAUAGCGAUAUGGUGGGGGAUGUGCAAUAUGCCCGGUAUGUGUUUGAACACACGGGCCUCAGUCCCCAGAAGUGUGUGAGCCCAGAGCGAGAGUAUUUAGAAUGGGAUGAGAUUCUUAAAGGAGAGGUGCAGUCUAUGCGGUGGAUGUUUGAGACACAGCCGUUAGAUUCCAUCAAGGAUGAAUCCCUGGAUGAAAGCAAUGGGAAAUGGAUUUCCCAAUCAGAAAUGGUAGCGGGAGGCGAUGUGAAGUACAGAACGUGGAUGUUUGAGACACAACCUAUUGAUAUGCUUGGAGUGAGUCCUCCUGAAUCCGCGGAGAGCGCGGGCAAGAUCCCAGAAUUGGCCAGGGGAGAUGUUCGCACGGCUACCUGGCUGUUUGAAACACACCCUCUGGAUUCCAUGAACAAGAUGUACCGAGAAAGCGAGGAGACCACAGAGGUCUCUGACACCAGAGAUAUCACUGCUGGCGACGUCAAAACCGCCAGAUAUUUGUUUGAGACUCAGUCCCUCGACACACUCGGGCACCUCGAUUCAGUGGACGAAACUAAUUUCCUGCAGUUAAAAACGGAAAUUGAAGAAAUUAAAGGGAAUGUGAAGAAAACCUCCAAGUUGUUUGAGACGCAGCCACUGUACGUGAUCAGGGACCAGUCUGGUCAGGUGCUGGAGAUCCAAACGGUCAAGAGAGAGGAGAUUGAGAAAGCAGAUGUUAGGACUGCUCGCUGGCUCUUUGAAACCAAGCCCCUGGACAUGAUCAACAAGGAUGUUUCCAGUGUAAAGGUUGUGUGUGGGAUUUCCAGGGAGGAGGUUGACCAGGGAGGGGUGAGCAGGGCCAAGUGGCUCUUUGAGACGCAUCCGUUGGACAGCAUCAACGAAGGGAUGGAAACAGAUGUCACCGCUAAGCAUAAAGAGGUGAUUGUUGGUGCUGAUGUUAGCAAGCAGUGCCGGAUGUUCGAAACACAACCUUUUGACUCACUGAAAGACAAUGACAAUGCAAGACCCGUGGAAACGGAGGAAAUAAUCGGAGGGGACGUUCGCUCGACAACAUUCUUGUUUGAGACGGUUGCCAUGGACGCGUUGAAGGACAGCACAGAUGUCGGCAAGCUGAGAGGAACCGUUACCUCUGAAGAAGAGAAGGGCAAUGUGAGGCAUCAGACUUGGGUCUUCGAGACACAACCACUUGAGAUGAUUGGUGAAGAGAAGGAGAAAUGUACAAAGGUCAUUCACCUGGAAGAAAUCACAAAGGGUGACGUGAGCAGUUAUAGACAGGUGUUCGAAACUAUGAAUUUGAGUCACGUUGAUGAAUCUAAAAAGCUUCACAUCGAUUGUGUAACCAGUGGCACUGUGCAGUCGAAUAAGAUGUUAUUUGAAACGACUCCUCUCUACGCUAUCCAGGAUAGUGCUGGACACUAUCACGAGGUUAAAACUGUGAGGAGGGAAGAGAUGGUGAGCGGUGAUGUUCGGACGUGUAGGUGGAUGUUUGAGACCACCCCUAUCGAUCAAUUUGACGAAAGUAUUCAAAAGUGUCAAAUAAUCAAGGGAAUAUCUAAGGAGGAAGUUCGCUCUGGUGAUGUGAAAACGGCGCAGUGGCUCUUUGAAACACAGCCACUGGAUGCCAUCAAAUAUUUAAGCGAGGUGGAAGGUGAGGAAAGUGUUACUAAAGUUCUGGAUGACAUCAAGGGUGAUGUACAAACCUGUCGAUGGUUAUUUGAGACACAGUCAAUGGAUGCUCUCUACGAGAAGGUAGACGUGAAGAAUGAAGUAGAUGAGAUACAGAAAGGGGAUGUAAAGACUUGCACGUGGUUAUUCGAAACGCAGCCUUUAGAUGCAAUAAAAGACAAUUCAGAAGCAACGAUCAAGGUGCGAACUGUACAGCGGGAGGAGGUGCAAGGAAGUGAUGUUCGAUCAGCCCGGUUUCUCUUUGAGACGGAAUCUCUUGCAAAUAUACAAGGGGAAAAGAGGGAAGCGUUUAGACAAAUAACUGAGAUAGAUAUUCAGUCGGGGGAUGUAUCUCGCAAGAAGUGGAUCUUUGAAAAUAAGUCUCUUGAUUUGAUUAACUCCAGUUCAGAAGAUACUUUAAAGAAAAUAAGAUCUUCGACAGCAGAAGAUAUUCAGAAGGGUAAUGUCAUUAAUUGUACUUGGCUCUUUGAAAAUCACCCAAUCGAUGCAAUAAGAGAAAGAUCUGAAGAAAGCGGAAGUCUGCACACUGUCACGGAUGUUCAGGGUGGAAACGUGGGCAAAGGGCGUUUCAUUUUUGAGACCACCUCGCUGGAUCAGAUUAAAGAGGAGUCAACCGAGACCACAGAUGUCAAGAAAUUCAGUUUGGAGGAGGAAGAGAGAGGAGAUGUCAAGAACUACACAAUGUUGUUCGAGACACAGCCACUGUAUGCCAUCAAGGAUAAGGAAGGAUAUUAUCACGAGGUGACCACUGUUCGGAAAGAAGUGGUGAGUGGAGAUGUACAGGGCACCAGAUGGUUGUUUGAAACCAAGCCACUUGACUUAAUUAGAGAAGACCAUGAAGUGUAUGUCAUUAAGGCGGUGACACAGGAGGAGAUUCAGAAAGGAGAUGUCUCCUCUGCCCGUUGGAGGUUUGAGACUCAGCCCUUGGACAAAAUAGCAGAUGGCGAGAAAAUAAUCCCUCGAACAAUAUGUGACGUGCAAGGUGGUGAUGUGAGAUCAGGGACACAGUUAUUUGAAUCUGAUCUGCACCAACAGUACGUUAGAACAGUGAGCGUCAGCGAGAUCCAACAUGGCAACGUUAGGACGGCCACUUGGCUUUUUGAAACUCGCACCAUGGACGAGAUCAGGGGAGAAGGGUCAGAGUGUAAGAAGAUCGAGACAGUCGGACGAGAAGAUGUACAAACAGGAGAAGUGAAACAGGCCAUUUGGCUUUUUGAAAAGCAACCGUUGGACAGCAUACAAGAAGUUAGUGAAUCAAUAACAAAGAUACUUCCAGAAGAUAUUCCACGAGCAGAUGUCAAAACCACCACCUGGCUUUUUGAAACUACACCCUUGCACCAAUUCAAUGAGAAUCCAGUGGAAAGGCCAGAAAUAAUGGGGAUAAAUGUUGAGGAAACUCUUAAAUCACUUUAUGAUUGCAAAAUCCUUCAUUCCCAAGGAAUCCUUAUUGAAGCAAAUGAGGUUGGAAAUGUCAAAAUGGCCAAAUAUCAACUCUUGAAUCAGAGCUCCCCGGAGAUCGAGCGGGAGCAGGUUGUCAGGGGAGAUCUCCAGGACAUCAUGUUGAGGUUACUGUCCAAGAAAGAGUCUUCAGUGAAGGCCAUCACCGUGGACCACAACGAGAAAGGCAACAUCCACUUGACAAGUACGCAGCUUUUGAACAGAACAACGGACAUUAGCGUGAAUAAAGAGGAAAUAAUUGGCUGUAAUAUUCAGCAAAUAAUCGGCAAUCUUUUAAAUCACGACAGCUCGGCCCAAAAGGGAAUUCUAAUUCAAGAGAGCGAGAAGGGGGACAUCAGAAUGACGGUUUAUUCCUUGCUCAACAGGGCGGAGCACAUGAAGGUUGAACAAGGUGAAGUUAUAAAAGGGGAUGUGAAAGAGGCCAUCAAUAAGCUUACCACCACAUCUGAGAGCAGCGGGUUUGCACAGAAGUUUAAAGUAAAUGACACAGAGAGAGGAAAUGUUCAGUUUUACACCAUGUGUAUAGAAUCUGGAGCGUUAGAUUAUCUUAAGCUUCUUCAGCAGGAGAUAGAUGAGACUGCUGAGGUCGACCAGGAGCCCAGGGAAAUAAUACAGGGCAACGUCGAGGCCACCAAACAAAUGCUGCAGGUUCAGCAAACGCAAACUGAUCGGAUGGUUGCAGAGUCGGACAUUUUAUCUGGCAAUGUUCAAAGUGCAAUCUUGUCUUUUACGCCAGAGAGACAAAAUAUAUCCGUCAACGUCGAGAAAGAGGAGAUUAUACCUGGGAAUUUAAAGGCGGCUUUGGAUUCACUGAAUCAGGCCAUUAAGCAACCUGCACUGGUAGAAAAGGAACCAGUGGUACACGGCAAUUUGUCUGCUACCCUCAAAUCUCUCGAAGAAGCUAAAUGUCAGAAAAAAUAUCUCGAAAAGAUUGAAGUUAUUCCAGGCGAGGUUAAAGGCAGCGAAGGUUCGAUUAAAAAGGCAUCAAUGUGUGGAGUUGGUGAGGAUGAGGGAGAUGUGGUGUACAAGGAUUUCCAGAAUGCCUCGACACAUUUGGAGGAGACGCGAACCACAAUGAGAGGUGACUUUCAAGCCACGACGACAAAGACGUUGGAAGCAGCUUCUGAAACGAGAGCACUCCCACAUCAGGUGAGCAACAAGGGAAUAACGAAAGCCAUGAUCCAAAACCUGCCAGAUCUACCGCAACAACUGAUUCAGCUUAAUGCCGGAACAACAGCAAGUAGUCAAAGUACUACUGCAGGCCAGUGGGAAGGACAGGCGCAGGUCUAUGUGGCAAAACAUGUUGAACGUGAAGAAGGUCCACAGGUCCACGUGAAAUCACAUUUAGCAGCUCAAGAGCAAAGUAAGAAAAGCUUUACACAGCACAUUAACACACGAACACAGAUGAAACAGAAUGUCAAACAAUCUAUGAGGACUAAACAGGCAAACGUGAAAGUGGACAACUCAGUAAAAAGUUGUACAGCGAAGAAAAGUCAAACUGUUUUAUCAUCUGAAAGGUCAAGCCAAUGUGAUGUUGUUAAAAAAGACAGGAAAAACUCAGACAUGCACACAAUCACAAACCUGUCUGAACAGAUCGGUGCUCAAAGCGUACAAGUGCCCAGAAUCAAAUCAACAGUUGAUCAUAAAGGGUUGUUUGGUUCAAUUGACGGGCAAACAGCCAAACAGCGAGUCUCCAUUUCAGCAGAAGGUCCGAGGACCUUUCAGUCACCACGGAUCUCUGAAGUUCUUCACAUGUCAAACCCUGAGAUUGGUGCAGGAUCAGUUGUUGGAGAAGUGAUGAGAUCUCAAACCAAUCACAGUGUUAAUGUUAUUCAGCAAACUGUACAGUCCUCCCAUCAAAUCAUUCAGAAUCUGGCAUCUCAGCCCAUCACAGAUGGUGAUGUAAAAGUCAAACAUGAUAUUAAAAACAUCCAAGACUUGCACACAUCUGAGAUCCUUGGCCAGGGAGUAAAUCGAGGACUUGUCACCAUGGUCAAAUCUGGGACAACUUUGUUAGGACAAUCAAGAAUGUCCACAAGUGGUGUAGAAAGUGAAAUAGAAAAAACUAGAAGGGUCGGAGCGAGCAAAGUGAUUAAGGGAGAAAAGGCAUUGGUGGACAUCCAAUUUUCGGCUCCACAGUAUUCCAAACCCUCUCUUCCUCCUCCUCCUCCUCCACCACCCGCUGAAGAUGAAAUGUUCCCUCUCCCACCACCACCAGUGGUUCAAACAAAGUCAGAGAUGUACGAAACAGAACUACCUCCUUCCACUCUCCCUCCUCCACCCCCUCCCCUUGUUGUUCCCGCCACAACUCUGGGCCAGGAAAUGUUCCUCACGGGACAUCUCCCUCCAUCACCGAACCCUCAGUCCCUUUCCCAGCAGAGACGACUUGUGGACAAGGCACCAAAGGUGGAAGCAACGUCGGGAAUGCCACAGCUUGCGUAUCUCAAACCGCUGGGGCAACUCGAGAAGAAGGCAGCACCCGUUCCAAGAUCAAGUGCAAUUAUAACGGAGGAGUCUAUAUUAUCAAUGCUAGAUACUCAACAGCAAAAUCAGGAUUCCACACGAGUGACAUAUAUUCAGCAUUCACCAAGUCCACGAUCUCUCCAGUCUCCUGACCUUCAGAGGGCAGAAAGGCCUGUUCAAAAAUCAUCCCAGCCAAAGGACGCAAGGUCCCCUUCUGGAACAAAAAGAGCCUUCGUGCCAGCGGAUACCCCACACAUAACUGACCCCAUUAAACCACAAUAUGUCAGGAAGUUUAAAACUCCAUUGAUGAUAGCUGAAGAAAAGUACAGGAAAGAGAGGGAAGAAAUGGAAAAAUGUAAAGACGUUACAACCUCCUGGUCUGUGGCCAAGGAGAAGGUGGGAAGAGAAGAGUCAACGCUCUCACCAAGAGGAGGAUGCGGAGAGAGGCCCGCACUGAUGCAGUCGGCAUUGCCAGACAAGGCAUCGGCAGAGGAUGCUCUUGUAAAGUCCACUCCUGUUCAGGUCAUGGAAUCAGUAAACGUGCCAUUGGCUAAGACACAAGUCCCUCAUCCAAAAGCGGGACGACCCGUUGCUGAGGGGCAACCCGUUCAGCGUGAACCAAUGGGACCCAACCCUGAGAGACAUCCUCCACAUCCAAAGCCAGGGGGUCCCAUUAGUGGGGGACAUCUCCUUCAUUCAAAACCAGGAGGUCCCAUUGGUGAGGGGCAUCACAUUCAUCGAGAACCGAAAAGAUCUACCCCUGAGAGCCAUGCUCUUCAUCCAAAACUAGGAGGUGCCACUGCUGAGGUACAUCACGUUCAUCGAGAACCAAGAAGAUCUACUCUUGAGAAACAUCUCAUUGGACCAGAACCACGAGGCGCCACUCCUGAGAGACAAGUACCUCAUCCAACACCAAGAGGACAUGUCCCUGGUCCAAAACCAGUGAGACCCACUGCUGAACAUCCCAUUCGACCACAACCAAGAGAACCCACUCCUGAGAGACGUGUCCCUCAUCUAACACCAGGAGGUCCCAUUGCUGAUGGAAACUCUGUUCAUCCAAAGCUAACUGAGCUUCCUGCCGUAGACAAGAUGUCCACACAAACCGUGACCUCCAUUUCUUCCUCCCAGUCCACAGUGCUGUCUGCUUCCGAGCAGUUGCAUCGUAUCCUAAACAAUUCUGCAGAUGUAAGGGUUGAUAAGGAAACGAUGUCUAAUGCUCUUAAAGAUUCAGUGAAAGAUAUUGGCUUGGAAAAUAUUAGCCACAAGGAGGUGCAUGAAAUGACGCAAGUACAAUCUGGCAAUCUAAAAUCUCAGUCAAUUUCCCCGCCAAAAUUUAAGGUUAAAACCGUUCAACUUCCCAAAGGUGUUCAAAAGAUGCAGGAAAAGAGAGAACAUGCUUUGCCGUACAAAGUGGAGAAGAAACAAUUUUCAAAAGCGGAAGAAACUAAAACUCAAGAGAAAGUUGCAAUUAAAGAACAGCUUCAACCAAAACAGAGUGACCUGGUUGGUGUGGGUCAACAGGAAUGGCUUCAAUUCACUAUGGAGGAUGAAUGUAGUCAUUUAGUGACAGAGGACAGAGAUCGGAACAUCGGGAGGGCAGGAUCUCUGCAAGUAUUCUCAGCAAACACAAGGCAGGACCAUGUGAAACAACAGCAGAACCAACAGUCAUACCCAGCUCACUUAAAUGAAACCCAGAAGGUGCAACAGAAGAAGGUGGGUGAGGCCAUGUAUGAAAAGGUGGAGAGUGAACAGAUGCAGAGGCGUCAUGAGAAGACUCGGGAAGGGGCAUUUCCGAAGGUCCAUGGAUAUCUAGACCAACAGAAGGGUGGACCAACAGGGCAUGCGGCGUAUCCUCUCCCCUUGGGAGAUCAGGCACCCACACAGAAGCGCUUGGACUGGAAGGAAGAAAACCGAGUCAAAACUAAGUCCCAAACCUUUCAAUCAAAGAAGGAGCAAGUAUCGUAUGCGAUGAAUGAAGGAAGUAGACAUGGGCCCGUGGUCCCUGUUCAUAGAGAGGAUUUAAAGCAAGAGGACAAAGGAAGCAGAGAAACGACAGGGCAGGAAAAGGAAUUGGACAAAGAAGCUGCCAAAUAUUAUAUUGAAAUCAGUGACAGCUACCGCAAGCGAGAAGAACUGCAGAAUAUUUUAUUCAGGUUGAUUCAGUUCGAAAGAGAGAAUGACAAUAUAGAUUUAAAUGCUAUGAACGCCUUUUUGGAAAAGGUUCCAAGUUGGCUUGCUGAUGACUGUGAAUUCACGGCCAAAGAAAGUAAUUUGCAGGAUAUGAAAAGGGAGCUAACGCAGAUUAAGAAGAAAGCGUUGCUAAAACUAGGCAAUUUCGAUGAAUCGAUACAAAGAGCGCUGAUCACUAUCUCUGGUUUAAAACUGGAACAUGAGAUGUUGCGUUCGGCUUCCCCUUCACAGAAGAUAUCCAAGAUAAGUAUAGGUUCUUGCAAGCUGGACAGGCAGGGGAAGGACAGUGUAGAACAGCAAGCUUGUGAAAGUAAACUCGGUCAAGUGAGUGGCAGUAGAGAAGCGGAGCAGAGAUCUCAGUCCCCAGCCAAGCGAAUGCCCUCGCCAUCCCCCUCGUACAUCACCAUCGAGUCGACAGCCAGGCGCACGGAGUCGCCCCUCAGAGCUGCCCCCUCUCCGCCGCUCUGCCGCAAGGGACACGACACCCCUUCGCCUGUCCACAGAGACGCCGCGCAGACUCCUCCGUCGCCGAUGUCAGCGGCCAGGGCCCACACGUCCUCCUCCUCAUCGCCCUCUCCAACCCGCGGCAGGCGCUACGACCAGCUCGUCAAACUGAAGGACACCACCGCGAAGCUGUCCCAUGGGCUCCAGCAGUCGGCCCAGUCGACCCUUGUACACAUACAGGAGAGGAGAUCGGAGAUCAUUCCAUCGCCCGCGACUCUGCGGCGCCAGCUGAAGAUUGACACGCCGCUUGCAGAGAUGUUGCCCGCAGCAGACUCACCUGAAACCUCUGUUACAGUCAAGGAUAUAACAGAGAUGUUCGAGGAAGCUCGGAGAUCAGAAGAGAACAAAGUGUAUCAGCGCAAGGAUCCCAUUGACAUUCCAGAACGCCUGGGCUCAGACACAGAUCCUGAGUCUACAGCCUGCAGAGAGCAAGUUCAGAAACCAUCCGUUGACAUCUCACAACGUGGUCAUAAGUUUGAUUUGCCGGGUCAGCCGAAUUACUUUGAAAAGGAGCAGCUCGCGUUCAUUGAAACAUUAGGGUGUGAGAGUAGAGAUGAGUUUUUUGGGAAAGUGAACGAGUUGGGGGAAAUCCCAACAUUUGAUGUGAAAUCUCUUCACCCUGUGUCUGAAAGUCCUGGAGAAAUAUCUAUUCCGAUAAAGCUUGAGGAUUCCUCCAGGGACAAGAAGCCUCUGAAAAAGUCUCAGCGUUCUCACAAAGUCAGGGAUGAGGUGAAGAAGUCAGCGCAGUCUAUGUUGUAUCCGGAGACGAUUAACACGCAGUUUUCACACAUGGAGGCGUUUGAAGCAGCAACGAUGGGCUCAAGGACGAGCGUUCAGCACAACCCCGGCAUGUUUCCAGGCAUCAAUUCCAGGCACGCACCCCCGACCUACGAAGACGUCGUGUCCGGACAACUCCUGGACCUGUCAACGGACAAAACCCCGGAGGAACUGCUGAAGAACUUCCAGGAGACCUGGCAGGAGAGUGAACGUGUAUUUCGGAGCCACGGGUACAAAAUAUCCGGCACCAAUGAAACGCUGUGGCAAGAAGAUGUCCUUCAGGAACACAUGGCCCUGAGCGAAAAUACAGGUUCUUACCAAGGAGACCUGCACGGUUUGCCGAAAGAUAGUGUAUCCCAUGGAAUGCCUGACCGCAGACAAACAAAUCUUUCAUAAGUCCUGUUUCCGUUGCCAUUAUUGUAACAGUAAGUUAAGUCUUGGAAAUUACGCAUCUCUCCACGGACAUAUAUACUGCAAACCCCACUUUAAGCAGCUUUUCAAAUCCAAAGGCAACUAUGAUGAAGGUUUUGGCCAUACACCUUCCAAAGGAGGCCGGACCAUCAACGGUCAAAG